AUGUCUUCCUCUAACUACCCAAUAUCCUCUUCAAAUGAGAAGCACCAUGCUACCACAACCACUAAAAUGCGUACUGUUGAAUCUGACGUCUCUAGAACAACAAUAGAUCCAGCAAUUGAGAAAGCGCUAUUGAGAAAACUUGAUCUCCAUGUUGUUGCUCCGCUCAUGUUUCUCUUUUUUCUCGCUUUUCUCGAUAGAGUUAAUAUUGGCAAUGCGAAAAUUCAAGGAAUGACCAAAGAGUUGAACAUGGCGGGGCACGAUUAUAAUAUUGCUCUUCUUAUAUUCUUCCCACCCUAUAUUCUUUUCGAAUUCCCCUCCAACCUCAUUCUGCGUCGCAUUCCGCCAUCACUCUGGCUAACCAUUAUAAUGACAACCUGGGGAAUCAUAACAGUAUGCGAAGGACUAGUAAAUACCCACCGCGCACUUGUUGCGCUUCGGUUUCUCCUUGGACUCUUCGAAGCUGGUUUCUCUCCAGGCGCCGUCUAUCUCAUUUCGAUGUAUUACAAACGCUACGAACUGCAAUGGCGCCUAAGUCUCUUCUUUUGUGCCUCGGUACUCUCUGGGGCCUUCGGAGGUCUCUUUUCUUAUGCUCUAGCGCAUAUGGAUGGUAUUGGUGGCUACGGUGGUUGGCGCUGGAUCUUCAUAAUUGAAGGACUCCUCACCAUCGUUGUUACUCUUGCCUUCAAGUUCCUGGGUAUCAUGGCCGAUUGGCCAGAAACUGCUACUUUCCUCACACCAUCAGAGCGAGAAAUCUUAAUUCAGCGAUUGAAAGAUGAUAUGGGUGGAGAUACACGGCUUAAUACACUAAACAAGAGAUCAACGAAGAGGAUAUUGGGAGAUUGGAAGAUUUACGUGGCAAUUUUGAUGUAUAUGGGAGUUGUGACUACCGGAUACGCUACAAGCUUCUUUAUUCCGACAAUUAUUCAGGAGAUGGGAUAUACAGCGAUCAGUAGCCAUGUUAGAACUAUCCCUAUUUAUUGUGUGGCUGCUGUUACGUCUCUCAUAAUAGCCUAUUUGACCGAUCAUCUCCAACAUCGUUUCGGCUUCACAAUCGCUGGGGUAGUAGUUGGUACUAUAGGCUACAUAAUCCUCCUCUGCCAAUCGCAUGUGCCAACUGGUGCUAAAUAUAUGGCCUGCUUCUUCAUUACUACCGGUGGUUAUAUGACACAGCCAGUUACUUGGGCUUGGGUCGCUAAUAACAUGGCAGGCCACUACAAACGCUCUAUCUCCACGGCCCUCCAAAUAGGCAUCGGCAAUAUUGGUGGCAUCAUCGCAUCCAACAUUUUUAUAACAAAUCAAGCGCCGCGCUAUCCAGUGGGAUACGGUGUUUCUUUGGGUAUGCUUUUUAUGUGUGGAAUAAUGUGUACGAUUUUCUUCUUGGGAUUGAAGAGGGAAAAUGGGAUAAGAGAUAGAGGGGGGAGGGACUAUAGGUUUAGAGAAGACGAGGAGAGGAGGAGGAGGAAUAGAGAGAGAGAGGCGGAGGGCAAUGAGGAGAAGGAGGAGGAAGGAAACUGGGGCGAUGAUUGGCCGGGAUUUAGAUUUGUUUUGUAG